AUGCUUGAUAAGUUCAUGAUGAUGGGUGAGCGUUCUAUUGAUGUUAACGAUAAAGUCCCUCUUAUGACUCAGUACAUUACAACGCCCCAGCUCACGCCUAAUAAUAUGCCCACCGCUGGCGAAACUUGGCGUUAUUUGGCACGUUAUCAGUGGAUGAAUAACUUUAAGCGUAUCUUUGCGCAGAAAGGUCGUAACACUGAAUUUGGACGUUAUGAAGAAGGUCUGUGGUUCAGUAAUUCCGAAAUGACAGAAAAUCUUUAUGAUGAGUUUAUUAUUCAUAAACCGCUAUGCAUGGACUAUAAUGCCCACAUGAAGGCUAUUGAAGACUCCUUCGAACGGACGAUGAAGGCUGGUGUUAACUACUUUCUCAAUAAGAAUCAGUUUGAGCGUGAGCAAAAGGCUUGGCGUUCUAAUCAGUUGUUUUUGAAUGAUCUUGCACAGAAGAAUCAACGCCAUGCAGCCGAGAAUGUUGUAGAAGGUUAUGAAAUGGCUGGUCUUUCCCCUGCGCUUGCCGUUAAUGGCGAUUUCAGCCCCGCUCAGCCCCGACUAAGGCACAAAACCGAAUUGACUGAAGAAAUGACACGUAAGGCAGCAGCUGAAGCGGAUAUUACUGAGCGUGAAUCCGGUCGUAUGACUGACGAAGACAUCCAGGUUACAAAGUCUUAUCGUGCAACGAUUGAACGUCUUUAUAAUGAGUCUAAGGAUCCGGAUAUACGUGCGAUUUAUGCUGCUGAACUUGAAGCCCUGGGACGAUUCGUCUAA